GCGGGAAGAAGUCCGCGGGGGAAUUGACACCGAGCACCCCACAUUUACCCCACCUCUAACCCAAGUUGGCAACUUAGCCAUCCAUUCAACCCUCCAUCCUGACCCGUUCACGCCCCGUCAUCGUCAAGCUUGCUCAAGUCCACCCUCGGCACUCAAGGAUGGCAUCCAGUCCGUACGGCGCCGCGCUCCAUGAUCCGCGGUCCACCCUGACCAUGUGUUUCUGGAUCCCCAAUGUCCAAUGGAUAAGCGGUGACCUGCGCGGCUGCUCCUUGUCCUCUGGGCGAUCUAAAACCGAUAUUCAUAUCCGCAAUCUGCAUCGGACUUGGUCUAGAGACGUCCCAAGUCUUGCCUACUGCUUACUACCUAUUACCUCCUAUCCUCUUCUGCUCCUUCAUCCGCACACACUAUGGCUGCUGAAAUAACAUUAACAGCCGAAGAGCUGGGGCGGCAUCAGUCGCCCGAUGACUGCUGGAUUGCGGUACAUAAAAAGGUCUGGGAUGUGACCGAGUUCUUGGACGAGCACCCAGGAGGAUCAGAGAUCAUCCUCCAAUACGCAGGAAAAGAUGCAACAGCCGCAUACGAUGGCAUCCACGCUCCUGGCAUACUCGAGGAGACAUUGGCUCCCGAAAAGUUCAAGGGCACUUUCAUACCUGCCACCAGCGACAGUGCGGCGCCAGGCGCCGAGAGCGAGGCAAUAGAAAUGCAACAAGCACCGCCCUCCACAAACACACCCGUCCCUUACCGCAAACCAGAUCUCUACUCCAACAUUAGUGCCCAAGACCUCCGGGAUGUUGCUUCUCACACAUUUACGGCCAAGACAUGGGCCUUUUACUCUUCGGCGGCAACAGAUCUCAACACGCAUGGCUGGAACCAGUCGUUCCUGCGUCGCAUCAUGCUCCGCCCACGGGUACUGCGCGACGUUGCGAAAACGAGCAUGCGGCGAAAGAUUCUUGGUUACGACUCAUCCGUGCCCUUCUUCAUCAGCCCCGCCGCCAUGGCACGCCUGGCUCACCCGGAUGGUGAGAUGGCGCUGGCACGGGGCGCCGCAAGGGAAGGCAUAAUUCAGUGUAUCUCAAACAAUGCAUCAUACCCUCUGUCAGCUAUCGCAUCCGCUUCAGAUUCGCUGCCAGCCGACGAGCUGCACGAGCUGACGGCCAGGCCGAGACAGACCUUCUUUUUCCAGCUGUACGUCAAUCACGAGCGCCACAAGACGGCCGAUCUACUUCGCAAAGCACGCGACCUGGGGAUCAAGGCCAUCUUUGUGACGGUGGACGCGCCAGUCCCCGGCAAGCGCGAGGCGGACGAGCGCAUUGCGGCCGAGGCUAUCGCAUCGGCGGUUAGCGGUGCCGUUGCCAGCAACGACAAGAAGGGGGGCGGUAUGGGCCGGCUCAUGGCGGGUUACGUUGAGAAGCGCCUGAUCUGGGAGGACAUUGCCUGGAUCAAGGAGGUCUCUGGCCUGCCUGUCAUCCUCAAGGGCGUACAGAGUGCCGAGGACGCGAGGCUGGCCGUCAAAUAUGGCUGCGAGGGUAUUAUGCUCAGCAACCACGGCGGCAGGUCACUGGAUACGUCACAGCCGGCCAUUUUGGUGCUGUUGGAGCUUCACAAGUACUGCCCGGAGGUAUUUGACCAUCUCGAGGUUAUUGUGGAUGGUGGGUUCCAACGUGGAUCAGAUAUACUUAAGGCUAUCUGCUUGGGAGCUACCGCGGUUGGUAUCGGGAGGCCUUUCCUUUACUCGCUUGCAUACGGCGAGGAGGGUUGUGCGCACUUGUGUCAGAUUCUCAAGGACGAGCUCGAGGUCUCGAUGAAGCUCUGCGGCAUCAACUCUCUCGAUGAGGCACACCCCGGUUUGGUGAACACGGCAGACAUUGACCACCUGGUCAGAUCGGCAGAAGACCACCCAUGGAUCAAGUGGAAACCGAAGGCUCGGUUGUAAUACGGUUGUUUGUUUAAGUUGUACAGCGACAUGAACUACUUGUCACAUCCAUCUUGCUAUAGAUGGCCAGAUUUUGUUUUUAGAUAUUUGUUCAGAUCUUUGUUGGUCCUUAGAUUUAAUGACACAAACCAAAGUGUUCGUUGAGGG